AUGAAACUAACGAUUGAAGAGUUUAAACGUAUUCGGCCAUUACAAUGGUGCUUGAAAGAAGUUGACGGAAAAGUCUAUAAUACGACUAUCAAUCAAACCCAAACCCGACUGUUUUGGAUCGAUUUUAUGAGGUUAGUGUUUGCACCCAAGUAUGCUCGACAGCGUGGAGUCACCCACAUAGGAGACUUUGAGCCCGACAUGCCGGUUUUAAUCACUAAUGACCUACAGUUAGAACUGCCAUCAGUUCUCGAGACUGCCAUGUAUUAUGCCAACAACCAGACACUUCCGAAGAUCUUUUCCGUCAGUAUCCCUCAACUCUUCAUUUUGAUAAUCGGUAUCGUGUUCCUUCUCGGAAUCCUUGUGCUUGGUCACAUAAUGGAUGCGCCCAUCUGGCGAGCACGUAUUCUGUAAAGUUUGAGCUUGUUGUGUUUGCAUACUACGAUAACAUAAAUACAAGACUUGGCUGUAGAAGAAUAUCAGUCUGUGGCGGUAUUUAAACCAAGUUUUUGGGCAAUCAGCUGAAAGUGCACUAUCCGAGCAUCGUGUGAAAUACUUAGAUGAUGGUUAAGGUUGGGAUAUAAUUAGAAGACCGACCGCAGUAUUCAUCGACGUUUCGCAUUCUCGUCAUAAGCUUGAGUGAAAAACGUGUUGGCAGAGUGACUUUUUGAACGAUUUAACUUAUUUCCGUCUAAUUUUGUUGGACGUCGGAGACUCGAAUUCUAUUAUAAGAAUGAGGAAAAUAGGCGUUCAAGUUGUCCCCUUGAGGUGGUCAACAGCAUGAAAAGUCAUUGGAAUCACGUUCUACGGGCUUCUCAGUUAUUAUUUUUU